AUGAAAAUUACGUCGUCUUACGUGUUCUGGCAAAAGUUCAUGAACGUUCACAAUCCCGUUUGUUAUUGUUUACCAAAUUGUAGUCGGGAAAAAAGAUCAAGCAUGAAGAGAAGAAAACAUUUGAAUAAGCAAAAUAACUUGAAAAUGCUAACUGGCGAAGACGACACGAGGACGUUAAUUUCACCUUGA